AUUUUUCACGUUCUUCUUCCUCUUCCUCUCUUUCUUUCUCUUUCGAAAUCAAGAUUCCAAAUUCCAAAAUCAUAAUUAUUCAAAUUCAUACAUCACACAGUGUUAGGGUUCCGCAAUGGAUCUCCCUGAUUCGCCUCUCUCAAAUCCCUUGAACUCCCCUCUCUCCGGAAUGCGUGAGAGGCAUCAUCGGGAGCUUGAAAAUUUAACACUCAGGGCGAGGCCGGUGAAGACAUUAAGGUAUUUCACCGUGGCUAUUGGUCGGUACGUUCGGCAGUUUUUGGCAAGAGGUGGUUCGUUUGUGCUGUUAACUAUGCUAGCAGGAGGUUUAGGAAUUGCAACUAUGACGAUUGGCGGACCUCAUGAAACGCACAUGCAGGAGCUCAUCCGUUACCUCCAAUUUGGUGUCUGGUGGCUAGCUCUUGGUGUAGCAUCAUCAGUUGGUCUCGGGUCUGGUUUGCACACAUUUGUACUGUAUUUGGGUCCUCAUAUAGCUCUGUUCACCAUGAAAGCUGUGCAAUGUGGCAGAGUUGACUUAAAAAGUGCCCCAUAUGACACCAUUCAAUUGAAAACGGGUCCUUCAUGGAUGAAUAGAAACUGCUCUGAGUAUGGUCCCCCACAAUUUUCAUCCCAGCAAGGUUCAAGGCUCCCACUUAGCAGCAUUUUGCCUCAGGUUCAGUUAGAGGCUAUUUUGUGGGGAAUUGGAACUGCACUCGGAGAGCUUCCUCCUUUUUUCAUAUCAAGAGCAGCGCGUAUAGCAGGGAGCGAAUUGGAAGUAAUGAAAGAUUUGGAUUCUUCUUCAACUGAAGAUGGUGGAGUUGUUGCUAAUCACGUGAACCGGAUCAAAUUAUGGCUUCUUUCACAUUCGCAGUAUCUGAACUUUUUAACUAUAUUAGUUCUUGCUUCGGUACCCAACCCUCUAUUUGACCUUGCUGGUAUAAUGUGUGGACAAUUUGGCAUUCCGUUUUGGACAUUCUUUGUCUCAACAAUGGUUGGAAAGGCAUUUAUUAAGACUCAUAUACAGACAAUUUUCCUCAUCUCAGUUUGCAACAAUCAACUUCUUGACUUGGUAGAAAAUAAAUUGAUUCGGUUGCUCAGCAUUUUCCCUGGAUUUGGUUUGAUUGCGCCCAAGCUCAUUGCCAAACUCCAUAUUUUGAAAGACAAGUAUAUGGAUAACUCUCCUCCAGUUACCUCAAACGACGAGGUGAAAAAGUGGAACUUCUCUAUUGGUUCAAUUUGGAAUACUGUUGUGUGGCUCAUGCUCAUCAACUUUUUCAUCAAGAUUGUGUCAGCAACUGCACAAACUGUUCUCAAAGAAGAACAUGAGAAGGAGUUGAGUGUAUUUUCGAGCAAUGUGCAUGCAUCAGAUCUCGGCAAGAUUGUGUCAACAAGUGCAAAGAAAGUUCUUAAGAAAGAACAGAAAAAGGAGUUGACUACAGAACUCGGCAAAGCAGCGAACUGAAUUCUUCUGAAGGUCGUUCAGAUCUACUUAUCUUUCUUCUUAAGAUUCUUAGCUUUGGAUAUCGAUGGCAGAGAGUUUUUAUAUCUGCUAUGAUGAUAUCUACCAAAGCUCAUCAUCUGCAUCUCUGUUUCAUUUUGUACAUAACAGACCCCUGCAAUGAAACGGAGGUACACUAGUAGAAGCAUCUCCAUGUCUUUUAGGGUAUGCUAUAACUUAUUUGUAACAAUAUAGCGAUUUCUCGGACUUUGUAUCUUACAUUUACUGUUCCUGGCAAUGUAAUAAUAUCCAUUCAAGACAUUCAUGUAUUCAGUAGGCGCAAUCUUACUGGUGGGAAAUGGUGUUACCAUUCUGCAAUAUCCUUUUGACAUUUCUUAUUUCCUUU